UGUGCACACCAAUAAAGCACUUUUUGUCCAGGGAGUCGGCACUUGAGCGCAUUCCUUGACGUGGAGGACGGUGUAGCUCUCCAAGGAUUUGAUGAAGACCGUUUGUUACAAGUUUAAUAAGUUGAGAGAAACUUUUUGUUUUGGCGGAGGCAGCGCACACAUAGAAAACUACGUGGACUGGAGUUAUAUCGGUGAACUGCUCCGCUUGGAUAAAGACACAAGCGCGACAGCGCACACCAUUUCACUUCUCGAACUUCAGGGGAAAGAAGUGCUACAAGUGGAGUGCCAGUAGAAGAGGAGGCUUCUCCGCUGGGCCGAGCAUGGAAAGAGAAAGGGUCAGCACCAUGAAGGUCUUUCUCACUCCGCUGAUGCCCUUUCUGCUCUUCAUUAUCCUUCCUGAUGGCGCCUUGUCCAGCGACUGUCCAAGAGGCUGCACCUGUUCCCCACCAGAAUCAAUCUUAUGUUACCAGAGACGCUCUUCCACCAUUCCUGAGGGAGUGCCAUCGUCUACAAAAAGCCUCUACCUCUUUGCCAAUGGCAUUGAGGGCUUGAAAACGGAGGACUUUGGUGGAAUGGAGAACCUGGAAAUGCUGGACCUCAGUCAAAACAAAUUGACAGAACUUCCAGAGAGGGUAUUUGAACCUUUGGCAUCAUUGAGAAACCUGGACUUGUCAUCCAACCAGAUCACCCACAUUUCAGAGAAGUGUUUUCAUGGGAUGGCACUGCUUGAGCGCCUUUAUUUGUAUAGUAAUUAUAUUGAGUCCAUACACCCUGCAGCUUUUAAUGGCUUGGAGCACCUGCUGGAACUCAAACUACAAGGCAACGGGUUGACAUCCUUACCUGCUCUCACAAUGCCCCGACUGCUGCUGCUGGACCUUCGAUUUAAUGUCUUACCAACAUUGGGUCCAUCUGACCUACAGACCCCAAACCUGGAGUCACUGAAAUUGGGUGGUGUUGGACUAACUGACCUGAAUAAGGAGCUUAUAGAAAGCCUACAGAACCUACACGAACUAGACAUCUCUGGAAACCAACUGGAAUCCUUUCCCUCAGUUUUAAAGGAGGCCCAUGGGUUGAUCCACCUCAGCCUGGCUGGGAACCCAAUGGGUCCUCUUAAGGUUCAAGACCUGCAGAACCUUGUAGAGCUGCAAGAAUUGGACAUUAGCAGCCUCAGUCUGCAGGGUCUACCUGAAGAGUUCUCCCAGCACUUCCCCCACCUCAGGAAGCUCACAGUUGCAGAGAACCCUUUCAACUGCCUCUGCACCUUAGCCUGGUUCCCAAGAUGGCUUAGAGCCCAAAGCAUCACCCUUGAGAGAACAGAGGAGACUCGCUGCCAUUUCCCACCAAUCAAUGCUGGAAAGGUGUUGGAAAGACUGGAGCAUAGGGAUUUUGGAUGCCCCACCACAACUACAAUGACCACAACUACUGUCAAAACAACUACCAUUCAGCCUGAUCCUGUCACCACCUCACAAAGUACAGCUAGAGCUAUUCCAGUACCUAGUGACAGCCCCUCAGACAAAGAUGAUGACUACCUCCUCCCUCCUGUUCCUGCAUCUCCCAGUAGCAGCAGCAGGAUGGACACGGAUGAUGAGCUGUAUUUCUGUCCCCCUAACACCUGUCUGAAUGGGGGUACCUGUCGUUUGGACCAACAGGGUCAGGUUGAGUGUACCUGCCCACAUGGUACUUCUGGAUUGUAUUGUGAAAUACAAAACCAUCAUCCCCAUUCACCACCUGAGGUUGAAGACCAUAAGGAAACUGUCACUGUAGAUGCACCAGACAUCAGCUCACAUCAAGCAACCACAACCUCAAUCUUGCUGGACCUCCAUCGCUACAUUGAAUUGCGACCAUACAUCCGUGGAAUCCGCCUCACCUACAGGAACCUCUCUGGUCCAGACCGCAGGCCAAUUCAACUUAGUCUGCCGGCAUCCUUCCCAGAGUACAGACUCAGAGGUCUGAAGCCCAACUCCACUUACAGUGUGUGUGCCAGUCCACUAGGUGCCCCUAGUGGAAUAGACAGUGUCUGCACUGAAGCUCAAACAGUAGCAGAAAGUGUCAGGGGUCCUGAUGCCCAGUUUGAUGACCAGAGGUUGACCACAAUGCUGGUGCCUGCAAUUGCUAUCUUGUCGUUGCUGGUGCUGAUAGCAAUAGCAGUGGGGGUGGUUUGCCAUCUUCGCAGAAAGAGGGCCAAAGGCCAUCUGGACCUAGAGUGUGAGCCCUCUCAGCUAGAGUUGGAUGGAGUUAAAACCACCCUAGACAAUGGUGCACUGCCUCAAAAACAGCCCCAACUUAUGAUUCCUGAACCUGCAGUUCAGAAUGGCAAUCUGGAAUAUGAGGUCUUGCUACUACAAGAUCACUGUACAUCAAAUAACAAUAUGUCUUCUCACAAGCCCUCCUACUUUUGACACCUGGACUUGACAAGGCUGAAAAGACAUUUCUUUCUUCAGCGCUGAUUACUGUAUUGUUUAAUUACAGAGAGCAGCAACUGAUGUUGCAGGAAAUGAGGAUACAGUAUCAGCCAGAAAAAACAGCAAAUGAGAAACUGGACAUUUAUUUAACUUAAUGCCCUUCAGUUGUCUAAGUAGACAUUAAACAAGGUUAAGAGCAUGUGCUUUGACUUGAAGAUGCAUUGAAAGUGCCUCUUUUUCAUUUACACUAUGUAUACUGCAUCAAUGGAUUCCCUAAUUACUUUGCUGGACUGGAAACCUCACAGCUCCAAUGACAUGAUACUGGGACUGACAAGUCAAUGGCUGAAACCUAGGGUAAAGGGACGCAGUGAUCUCAAGCCCUCCUUUGUCUGUUCAACAGGAGUGUGCACUGAUUUGGGGUUGAGCUGCCUUUUUCUCAUCACAAGAGCCCAACUAAACACUAUCAGCAAAAAUGUUUUGCUGCAUGUUGUAGGUUUUCAGUACGACCCCAAAGGGAUCAGUGCUUGCUGUGAAUGAUCUUUAAGACACCAAAUGAAGUCGUGCAGAGAAAAUAGUUUGUACUUGUAUUGCUUUAUUUGGCUCUGAAACACUUGUGACUUUUUCUGUUUUGUAUGUAUUUUUUAUACUUGCGUCUUUGUUAUUUUUUAUCGUGCAACAUUGUGAUUGUUAACAGCCCUCUAUACCCUCCACCCCCCACUUCUUGUGACUAACAGACAAAACAGCAGAUUAAAAUCUUUGAAGAUUAAAACUCGUUUGGUACCAGCAAAGUCAAUCAAAGGGCUUUGCCUGCAGAAUGUCAGACAGUCUAAGUAGAUGUGAGUCUGGACCAACUCGAGACUAAAUCCCCUUCUCGAUUCUGAGGCCCUCAGUCUGCUUUACCAUCACAAAGGGAGAAGGUAAGCAGGAUUACAAAAGGUACAGUGGGAAGCAGUAGACUGAACAACUUCUGUUUAAGUGCUGUACUUUCAGACAGUUUUGUGCCUUAAUUACAAUAAGCACUCACAUGAUCACACAAUAUCAAAAGAGAACAUCAGUGACUUUAUUUAUUAUUUAUAUUCCCUGCAAGGGAAAAUUUGUUAUAUCCAUUACCCAGAAAUUACCUACAACAUACUACAUGACCUGGUCCACAGCAAGCAAGCAAGCAAUUAGGGUCUGUGCAUUGGCUUUUCCUUAAGAAAAAAUAGCAUGCCCAUCAUAAUGCUGUCCACACAAUUUCUCUUUGGUAUGGAAUGGAGGAUCCCAGUUUUGCUCACAUGAGCCUAACUGGACUGUGGAAAGGUUUGUGCAGGAAACUUUAUUUAAUAUUGUUAAGCGGACCAUUUUAAGCCUGGUAGGAGAUCUUUUUGGCUAUUAUGAAGUGACAGAGUGCUGAGAUCCAAAUCUGUGAAUAUGGGGCAAAGAAGGACUCAAAGUAACUUUGUGUGCUAGUAUGAGUGUUAGUGUGUGUGGGUGGGUGUGUGUGUGCCUGUAGAUCUGUCAACUGCAGUGAUAAUGUGACUACGUGUUCAGUCUUGUGCAAAGACCUGCAGACGUCAAGUUACUAUCAGUUACCCCCCCCACAGUGCCCACAUGUCAAUGAGUACAUAAAGCCCCAAACAACUCUACUUACAGAUAAACACACCAAAGACUCAUCUGUGAAAGUCUGUGAAGAUACCUGCCUGCAGUAUUCCCUGCAAAUAAAUAACAGUUUCAUGCUAACAGAAUGCCUUGAGUACCUACGAUAAUUAAAAAAAAAAAAAAUCAAGCAAUGCAACUGGAAUAUGUGUUUGUAAAAUAGAAUACAUUGAAAAUGACCAAACGUUCUUUUUCAGUGUGAUUGUUAAUAUUUCCCUGUUUAUUUUGGGAAGCUUUUUGUCUAUAUUCCAUGUUUUUUUUAUUCUGUGAAAGUAUCUGUACAAAUGGAAAAGUGAUAUUAUCAUUAAAUGAAUAUCCAAAACUGAAA